UAGAGAUAUUUAAUCUCAUGUUUUUGUGUGAUUGGUGCUCCACAUUAUCCCAUUAUACUUCUUUUUUAUUGGAGCCAUAUAUCUAGAACAAAGUUCAAUCAUUGUGGAACUUUGCUGAUAACGGCUGAACAAUCUGAUUAUUUUAUAACCUUUAAUGGUGAUAAAACUGAUUCAGUGAAAUAAAACCUGUUAAUCAGUAACUAUAACAAAGAUUGGUGGGUGUUCAUUUGAACUUGGAAUUAAACAUUUUACAGACUGAAGAACAGACAAUCAGAUUCCUCUAACUGAGUUCAGCUCCAGGAGAGAAAACACUGCUGCUUAACCUGCCGACUCUCCACACACUGAAUCUUCACUCAUAGACUAAAUGGCUUCCAGAUCAGAGGAGGAUCUCUGUUGUCCGGUCUGUCGUGAUGUCUUCAGAGAUCCUCUUGUUUUGUCAUGUAGCCACAGCUUCUGUAAAAACUGUCUGAAAAGAUGGUGGAAAGAGAAUGGAAGACAUGAUUGUCCGGUCUGUAGGAGAAGAUCUUCAAAAGAACCUCCUAUAAACCUUGAGUUAAAGAACCUGUGUGAGUCCUUCUUACAGGAAAGAGAUCAGAGAGCUUCUCUCUGCGGUUUGCACUCUGAGAAACUCAAACUCUUCUGUCUGGACCAUCAGCAGCCAGUGUGUCUUAUCUGCAGAGAUUCAGAAAAACACUUCAACCACAGUUUCAGACCCACUGAUGAAGUUGCACGACAACAUAAGAAGGAACUUCAGGAAACUCUGAAGCUUUUAAAGCAGAAGUUAAAGGUUUUCAAAGAAGGUAAAGUGAAGUUUGAUCAAACAUCAGGACACAUUCAGGUCCAGGUCCGACGCACAGAGACACAGAUUAAGGAGCAGUUUAAGAAGCUUCACCAGUUUCUAGAAGAGGAAGAGGAGGCCAGGAUGACUGCACUGAGGGAGGAAGAGGAGCAGAAGAGUCAGAUGAUGGAGGAGAAGAUGGAGGCUCUGAGCAGAGAGAUAGCAGCUCUUUCAGACACAGCCAGAGCCACAGAGGACGAGCUGAAAGCUGAACACGUCUCAUUCCUGCACAACUACAAGGCUGCAGUGGAAAGAGUCCAGCAGCGCCUCCUGCUGGAGGAUCCACAGCUGCCCUCAGGAGCUCUGAUAGACGAGGCCAAACACCUGGGCAACCUGACCUUCAACAUCUGGAACAAGAUGAAGGACAUGGUCUCCUACAGUCCUGUGAUUCUGGACCCAAACACUGCUGGUCCAAGACUCAUCCUUUCUGAAGAUCUGAUAACCAUGAGACGAAGACACAAGAUGCGGCGUCCUGAUAACCCAGAGAGGUUUGACGAACACUGGUCUGUUCUGGGCUCUGAGGGCUUUAACUCAGGGACUCACAGCUGGGACGUCCAGGUUGGAGACAGUGAAGGCUGGGAACUGGGUGUGUUAACAGAGUCUGUCCAGAGGAAGGGACUCAUGCUGUCUGGAUUAUGGAGAAUAAUGCUCUGUGAAGGUAAAUACUCAGCAGAGUCCUUUAUGGAUCCAAUCACAGAACUCCCAAUGCAGAAGCAGCUCCAGAGGAUCAGAGUGAAUCUGGACUGGAACAGAGGAAAGCUGUCGUUCUCUGAUCCUGAUACUAACACACACAUACACACCUUCACACACACUUUCCCUGAGAGGAUGUUUCCAUACAUUGGCACUAUGGGUGAACUGAAGAUAUUACCACAGAAGGUCACUGUGACAGUAGAACAGAGCAGUUAGAGAUGAAGAGUUAAUCUCCAUCUGUCCUCCUGUGUCAGGAGCCGCUGAUGAGUUCAGAUCAGAGCUGAGAUCAUAUUCUGCUAUCUACCUGUCAAUCAAAGCAGCCACAACCAUAAUUUUAUUUCUCAAUCUUAUUUUUGAAAAAUAACUCAUUGCUUUAUCAUGAAUUAUACAUCUAAAUGUGCGGAAGGAUGGGGAACAGUGUGCCAUGUAUUUUUGGUAGAGAGAGGCUGGGACAUUUUUCUGAAAAAACAAACAAAAAAACAAAACAGAACAAGGCUGUUUUCAAAAUAAAAGCCUCAAAAAGCAAAUAGAUAAUAAAAAACUCACAAAGAAACUAGCCUUUACCUUGGCAGAUUAGGAGAAUAAAAAUAUGAGAAGUGACUGUGAUUUAAGAGUAUACCCAGGACAAGGUUGUUUUUUAAAAAUAAAAUCCCCAAAAACAAACUAUAUCAAAUAGUCUCGUAGAAUAAAAGUGUGAGCUGUAACUGUGGCUUAACAGGAAAUUCAAGACAAGGCUAAUUUUAAAAAUAAAAGCCCCAAAAAGUAACUACAUCUAGUAAUUUAGCGAAUAAAAGUAUGAGAGGUAACUGUUGCUUAACAAGAAACACAGGGCCAGGCUAUUUAUCAAAAUAAAAGCCCCACAAAGAAACUAUAUCUAGUAGUUUAGUAGGAUAAAACUAUGAGAGGUAAGUGUAGCUCAACAGGAACAGGACAAGGCAAAUUUUGAAAAUAAAAGCCCCACAAAGUAACUAUAUCUAAUAGUUCAGUAGAAUAAAAGUAUGAGAGGUAAUUGUGGCUUAAAAGGAAACUGAGGACAAGGCUGCUUUUCAAAAUAAAAGCCCCACAAAGUAACUAUAUCUUUGUAGUUUAGUAGAAUAAAAGCAUGAGAGGUCACGUCCUGAUUCAAAAAAACUUUUUGCAUUCUGUUGGAUUUUAACAUUCUCUAUAUGUGAUUUUAUUUUAUACAUUUCCCUUUUUAAUGUUAAUGUUUACCUUGCGAUUGUUUGUUGUUUGCUUGCUUUUUUCCCUGUUGUUGUGACUCUGAAAUAAAUAUGAAAAUAAAUAAAGAACAUAGAUAAUAAUGAAAAAGACCUCCUCUCUUCUUAUACUUGCUGUGCAGUGCAGAUGAGGGUUUUGAAAUUUAAGUCAAAUGUAGAUGCUCUGUAUUUAAAAAAAUUAUUCAAAGUCAAAAAACAUAUUUCCAACAAAAGAAAGAUCCUCUCUCUGUAUUGUGUUAUCUCUAAUCUGUAUUACAUUUAAGGCCUUUAAUAUUUACUUCACUACUCUAAAGAUAUCCUCCUCUGUUUUCUUCCAUAUGAGCUCUAUUUUAUCACGGUUAAUGUGUCAUUAUAAAUGAAAGCUGCAAAGUUGUGAGUUUUUCUUUGCACAAAGUUUAAACGGGUCACAACAAUCCUGACUAUUUUGGGUCAGUUGUGCAUUUUGAUGGCUCACACGGUCUUCACGAAAUUGCAGUUUCUGUGUUGUGAUUUUUUUCCAAGCAUCUCAGAGUUUAUUAUGGGUGUGUAUUGGAUGAAUGUUCACAACUAGAGUGGAGAGUGCUGGGACAAGGCUGUUUUACAAAAUAAAAGCCCCACAAAGCAAGUACAUGUCAUAGCUUAGUAUAAUUAAAAA